GUCAAUGUCCCUUCUCCCUGGAUGUUUAAGAGCUGAAAGAUUGAGGGUUACUUACUUUGAAUUGAAAUUUCUCUCCUUUUUCUUUUCUCUUCUUCUUUUCCUUCUCUUUUCUUUUUGGUUUUCAAUUUAAGGAGAAAAUCAUACAGUGAAGAUAUCAUUAUGGUUUGGUUUUACUUCUCUCUUGGUAAAAAGAGAAUUUGAUGUGGGGCGCUUUGCUUUAAUUAUGCUGCAGUGAACUGAAUAGGGAGCUAGGUAGAGAGAGAGAGAGAGAGAGAAAAGAAAGAGAGGGUCUUUCUUCACUUUUGAUGGCUAUUCAGGUCUUUUGCGGAGUGUGUCUGGCUACUGAUCGAGGUUCAGGGUUUCUAUUACUUGUUGUUUGAUUCUACUUGAAACCCAUUUCUCCAAAUUUCUUUUUAAAUUUAAUUGUUGAGUUUCUCGUUGCUGCGAGUUGCUUUGCAAAUUUUGGGAUCUGGGUUCUAGGGUUUGAAGGGUGUGAGCUUUUGACUUUUCUCUCUCCUUGGGUUUCUUUCCAUCUGUUAUCUCUGUCUUUCCUUUUUUGAGAAAUUGGGUAUUGAAACGUAUUCUGGGUUCUGGAGAAAAUAAAAAAAAAAAUACUCUUUGUCUUUCUUGGUUUUCACAUGACAUGGUGAGCUGAGUUGUCUGUUUUUCUCUCCAAAAUCUCUUCUUUCAUGAAUUGGAUCGUUGGGGAAAUCCAGAGUUGUUGUCUUUAAGAUUCUAGGUUUCUGAUCUCCUAGCAUUUUUGGCUUUUGGUUGAUGGAGUUGAAGCUCAAUUCGUUAUAGAUUGAUGGGCUAAACCCUCUGGUUUGUGUUGUUUCCAGUAAUUCAAUAAAGCUUCCUUUCUGGUUAUCAUCACAGAUUGCUUUGUGUAAGGAGAGAAGAAAGCCGUCAUGCAUCUCUCACUAUGGAAGCCCAUUUCUCACUGUGCUGCUCUGAUCAUGGACAAAAAGAGCAGGAAGAAAGAUGAUUCCAUGGUUGAGGUAAGGAGAAACCCGACAAUGCUCCGGAAGCUGCAAGAAAACAAGCUAAGGGAAGCUCUUGAAGAAGCUUCUGAAGACGGGUCACUCUCCAAAUCUCAAGACAUAGAGCCUGACUCUGUUGGCAAUCAGGAUGAGAGCCUUGGGAGAUCCCGAUCGCUGGCCAGGCUGCACACCCAGCGCGAGUUCCUUCGUGCUACCGCCCUUGCAGCCGAGCACAUAUUCGAGUCUGAGGAGGCAAUUCCCAGCCUCCAAGAAGCAUUUUCGAAGUUCCUCACUAUGUACCCCAAGUACCUGUCCUCAGAUAAGGUUGAUCAGUUGAGGUCUGAUGAAUAUUCACAUUUGUCACCAAAGGUAUGCCUUGAUUACUGUGGAUUUGGACUCUUCUCUUUUGUUCAGACCAUUCAUUAUUGGGAGUCUUCUACAUUUAGCUUGUCUGAGAUAACUGCAAAUUUGAGUAACCAUGCAAUUUAUGGUGGUGCUGAGAAAGGAACUGUGGAGCAUGAUAUAAAGACUAGAAUUAUGGACUAUCUGAAUAUCCCUGAGAAUGAAUAUGGCCUUGUUUUUACUGUUAGUAGAGGAUCUGCUUUUAAAUUGCUGGCUGAGUCAUACCCUUUCCACACAAACAAAAAAUUGUUGACCAUGUUCGACCAUGAGAGCCAGUCUGUUGCUUGGAUGGCUCAAAGUGCUAGGGAGAAAGGUGCCAAAGUGUACAGUGCAUGGUUUAAAUGGCCAACCCUCAAACUCUGCUCCACUGAUUUGAGAAAACAGAUUUCCAACAAGAAGAAGAGGAAGAAGGAUUCAGCUACUGGUCUUUUUGUGUUCCCAGUUCAAUCUAGAGUAACUGGGGCUAAGUAUUCAUACCAGUGGAUGGCCCUGGCACAGCAGAACAACUGGCAUGUCUUGCUUGAUGCUGGAUCAUUGGGCCCCAAGGACAUGGACUCGCUUGGUUUGUCCCUAUUCCGGCCUGAUUUUAUAAUUACAUCAUUUUACAGGGUGUUUGGGUAUGAUCCCACAGGUUUUGGUUGUCUUCUGAUCAAGAAAUCAGUUAUGGCAAGCCUUCAAAAUCAGUCUGGGAGUACUGGGUCUGGAAUGGUGAAGAUUACCCCCGAGUUUCCAAUGUAUUUGAGUGAUUCUGUAGAUGGUUUGGAUAGAUUGGCUGGGAUUGAAGACGAUGAUGAGGUCACUGGGGCUGGUGAUAAGGCUUCUGAAACUCGUCAGGGAUUACAGUUACCUGCCUUUUCUGGUGCAUUCACGUCUGCACAGGUCAGGGAUGUAUUCGAGACUGAAAUGGAUCAAGACAGCUCUGAAAGAGAUGGAACUAGCACUAUAUUUGAGGAGACUGAGAGUAUAUCUGUUGGAGAGGUGAUAAAGAGCCCUGUCUUCAGCGAGGAUGAGUCAUCAGACAACUCAUAUUGGAUUGAUUUGGGUCAGAGUCCAUUGGGGUCUGACAAUGUAGGUCAAUCAAAUAAACAGAAGAUAGCUUCUCCCUUACCACCCUUCUGGUUCAAUGGGAGGAGGAACCAGAAGCAACAUUCUCCAAAACCAACUUCCAAGAUGUAUGGCAGCCCUAUGUAUGAUGAGAGAGAGGUAAGCUCAGGUCCUCAUGAUGACCGGCAUGUGUUGUCGUUUGAUGCUGCUGUCCUAAUGUCGCAGGAACUAGACCGCGUCAAAGAGGUCCCUGAAGAAGAGCAUAUUGACGAAGUUAAUCAUUAUUCAGUAAAUGGCAACGGAUCAGAUCAUCUGCAUGUCAAUGAGAUCAUGGAAGAACCUGAAACCAGUGAAGUAGUUCAUAAUGGAUCUGUUGCUAUGAAAGGAUCUUGGCCCAAUAAUUCAACUUCUCUUGCUCAGCAUCGAAGCUUGGAGAAUGGCUCCACCUCUAAAAUAUGUCCUGAUGUUAAAGAAAGUGCCAUAAGAAGGGAAACUGAAGGUGAAUUUAGGUUGUUGGGUAGGAGAGAAGGGAAUCGAUAUAGUGGUGGUAGGUUUUUCGGUUUGGAAGAGAAUGAACACAACAGCAGGGGUAGAAGAGUGUCAUUCAGCAUGGAAGAUAAGAGUAAAGAGUACCUAAGCCAGACCCUGGAGCCGGGGGACAUAUCUGCAACUAGCUUAGAUGAUGAUGAAGUUGCAAGUGACGGAGAAUAUGGUGAUGGACAGGAUUGGGGCCGGAGGGAACCGGAGAUAAUAUGUCGGAAUAUCGAUCAUGUUGAUAUGCUUGGUCUCAAUAAAACUACACUUAGACUUCGGUUUUUGAUAAAUUGGCUUGUUACUUCGUUGCUGCAACUGAAGAUACCUGUUUCUGAUGGGAAUGAAAAAGCAAAUCUUGUCCAAAUCUAUGGUCCAAAAAUAAAGUAUGAAAGAGGUGCAGCAGUGGCUUUCAAUGUCAGGGACAGAAGUAGAGGGCUGAUCAAUCCGGAGAUUGUUCAAAAACUGGCUGAAAAGGGAGGAAUCUCUCUUGGUAUUGGUUUUCUUAGUCAUAUACAGAUUCUUGAUAGCUCAAGACAGCAUCGUGGAGCUCUGAAUCUUGAAGACACUUCUCUUUGCAGGCCAAUGGAGAAUGGUAGGCGUGAUGGAAAAGGUAGCUUUGUAAGGCUUGAAGUUGUCACAGCUUCACUAAGCUUUCUGACUAAUUUUGAGGAUGUGUAUAAAUUGUGGGCUUUUGUGGCCAAGUUUCUUAACCCAACAUUUAUCAGAGAAGGUGGUCUUCCUACUGUUCAAGAAGGUACUGAGACAUGAGAUGACAGGUGUUGUCAGUGACUCUAUUCAAUUUUGGAAACUGAAAAUGAAAGAUUAUUUGUGAGAAGUUGCCAAGGGGAACCAGUCUAAAGCAACAGGAAGAUUGGAUUGGUGAUCAUUUAUAUGUUGCUAGAUAGCCUAAUAGUUAUCUCUGCAUCAAAGCCAAACAAGUGGGUGGAUUUGUUAAUUCAUGUUUCUUGUUGCUUACAUUUUUCAUUUUCUUUUUCUUUUUGAGCUUCUUGUAGAGUUGGCUUUAGAGAUUUGUUACAUAUUGGGAAGCCAUGGUGUACUUUGAAGCAAGAUUUUAUGGGUAGAAUUUCUGCUGAUAAAAUACUUUGCUUCUGUUGUAUACGAAAGGAUUUCCAAAUUUUGUAAAUAGGUAGUGUUCUUUUCAUGCUAUAAUUUACGCGACCAUCCAAUAUCUGCUUUCUUU